GUAGAGUCGCUAAUGAGUCAGUCCAAAAAUGUGGAGUAACGUGCCAUUUGUUCAGUUCGAUUCAGUUUGUUAACAAUAGACUAUGGCUCAAAGCAGCAUUCAAGAAAUCUGACACAAAGAUCUUUAAUGAAUGAGUCAGAGAUGACCAUGGCAAGGAAAAUCUCUGAGACCAGGAACAAACUUUGAGAAGAACCAGAACCAAAAGGUGCAUUCCAGAGGCCCACCUUGGCAGUUAGAGGAGAGGUUGGCCUCAGUCACCAUGAGAGCGUUGCCACGGAACCUAGUUUCCCUGGCUGUGUCUGGCCUUUACCUCUGUCUGCUCUCUUUUGGCAUCCCUGCUGUCUUCUCCCAAAAACCCACAUCUCCAACCGAGCCCAGCAGAAACUUUCAACCACAGAGCAGGCCAGAGUGUACCCACCAAAAACACCCUAUUAUCUCUAUUCAAGUAUUAAACCCUUGGAUUUCCACUUUCUCCCAUCCUGGUGUACGAGACUACUCCCAACUCACUCUUGAUCUGUCCAGGAAUGAGCUGAUAGUAGGAGCAAGAAACUACCUCUUUCGUCUGAACUUAAGCAACAUUUCCCUUGUACAGGCGACAGAAUGGGGCCCAGACGAAGACACCAGGAGGUCCUGUCAAAGCAAAGGGAAGACGGAGACGGAGUGUCAGAACUACAUUCGAGUACUUCUGGUUAACAAGACGGAGGUGAUGACAUGUGGCACUAAUGCUUUCCAGCCUCUGUGCAUCACCAGAGAGGUGGGGAAUAUGAGCAGAAUAUUGGAAAGGGUGAAUGGCGUGGCACGCUGCCCUUAUGACCCUCGCCAUAAUUCUACGGCAGUUGUAACAGACAGCGGAGAGCUUUACGCUGCCACAGUCAUCGACUUCUCUGGCCGGGACCCAGUCAUAUACCGCAGCCUGGGAAACAUGCCUCCUCUGAGGACCGCCCAGUACAACUCCAAAUGGCUCAAUGAGCCUCAGUUCAUCUCAGCCUAUGAUAUUGGACUCUUCACCUUCUUCUUCCUGAGGGAGACUGCAGUAGAGCAUGACUGUGGGAAGACUGUGUACUCUCGCGUGGCACGUGUCUGUAAGAAUGACAUCGGUGGCCGCUUCCUGCUCGAGGAUACGUGGACCACUUUCACCAAAGCUCGGCUGAACUGCUCCCGCUCUGGAGAGAUCCCCUUCUACUACAAUGAGCUCCAGAGCACUUUCUACCUGCCUGAGCAGGAUCUCAUCUACGGCAUCUUUACUACCAAUGUGAACAGUAUAGCUGCAUCAGCAGUUUGUGCGUUCAACCUCAGUGCCAUCACACGUGCGUUCAAUGGGCCAUUUCGCUCCCAGGAGAACCCACGCUCCACCUGGCUGCCAAGUCUUAACCCUAUCCCCAACUUCCAGUGUGGUACCAUCGAGGACGAAGGGCCUAACGAGGGUCUAACGGAACGUAGCCUGCAGGAUGCUCAGCGACUCUACCUCAUGAAUGACGUGGUACAGCCCGUGUCUGUCAACCCGCUGGUGUGGCAGGAUAAUGUGCGCUUCUCCAAACUAGUGGUGGACAUUGUGCAGGGCCAAGACACCCUCCAUCAUGUCAUGUACAUUGGCACAGAACAUGGGACCAUUCUGAAGGCUCUGGCAACCACCAAUAAGAGUCUACAAGGCUGUUAUUUGGAGGAGAUGCAACUCCACCCACCCGGUGUAAAGGAGCCAAUACUGAGUCUCCAGAUUCUCCAUGGCGACAGGACUCUCUUUGUGGGCCUGAAUGACAGAGUGCUAAAAAUUCCCUUGGCUCGAUGCUCCAACUAUAAAACAGAACAGAUGUGUUUGGGUGCCAGAGACCCAUAUUGUGGUUGGGACAGGAAGCAGCGACGCUGCACCACAAUUGAGGAUAGCUCCAAUAUGAGCCAGUGGUUCCAGAACAUCACCGCAUGCCCACUGUGGAACCAAACCAUCGACGGUGCCUAUGGGCCAUGGACUUCAUGGCAGCCUUGCAGCCAUGAUGACGGCGAUGGCACAGAUGCUUGUCUUUGUCGAUCUAGGGCAUGUGACAGCCCUCCUCCCUUCUGUGGAGGAAAAAUGUGUGAGGGUCCUACCAUUGAAGUGGCCAAUUGCUCGAGGAAUGGUGGCUGGACUCCCUGGUCAUCAUGGGGUCAGUGCAGCACCAGCUGCGAGAUUGGCUUCGAGGUGCGUCAGAGAUCCUGUAACAACCCCUCACCCAGACACGGUGGCCGAGUGUGUGUGGGUCAAGCCAGAGAACAGAGAUUCUGCAAUGAGAAGGUUUCCUGCCCUCAGCCUGUUUUCUGGUCAUCUUGGUCACCCUGGUCUAAGUGCAGUGCUGAGUGUGGGGGAGGAGUGCACUCUCGCUCCAGGAACUGCGAGAAUGGAAACAGCUGUCCAGGCUGCGCACUGGAAUACCAAGCCUGUAAUCUGGAGUCGUGUCCUGAGGUGAGGCGAAACACUCCUUGGACACCAUGGGUGCCAGUCAACAUAACCCAAGGUGGUGCACGCCAGGAGCAGAGGGUGCGCUACAUUUGCCGGGCACAGCUGGCAGAUCCGCACGAACUCCAGCUGGGUAAAAGGAAGGUGGAGACGCGCUUUUGUCCCAACGAUGGCACUGUCUCCUGUGACACAGACUCUCUUGUGGAUGAGCUGCUCAGGACUCCUGGGGUGAGACUUUCAGGCUCCAGCUGGUCAUUAUGGGAGUCGUGGACUACGUGUAGUCAGGAGUGUGCUAAAGGCUAUCGCUCCCGAAAACGCACCUGCACGGGCUUGGACGGCAAUAAUUCCCCCAAUGCCUGCAGAGGAUCUCCUGUAGAGUAUCAAGACUGCAAUCCCCAGCCAUGUCCUGUGAAAGGUGCCUGGUCUUGCUGGUCAUCAUGGUCACAGUGUACGGUGCCCUGCGGUGGCGGGCACUACCAGCGGACGCGCACAUGCACAAGCCCUGCACCCGCCCACGGAGGGGACAUCUGCAUCGGGCUGCAUACAGAGGAGGCUCUGUGCAACACACACACCUGCCAGGGUGGCUGGAUGGCCUGGACAUUGUGGUCUGCGUGUGAUGAUCUAGGCCUUCAGUCACGUACUCGGGUUUGUGGCAAUCAGGGUUCUCCUUGUUUGGGGAACAGCACCCAGUACAGAGACUGCAAUGAGAUACCUGUGAUUUUACCUGCAUCUGGCUAUGAUAAAGACCAGCAGUGUGGGGGGUUCACUCUGUUGCAUCUGAUAGCAACAGGAGUGUCAUGUUUCCUGGGAGCAGGACUGUUGUCAUUCCUAGUGUACGUCUACAGCCAACGCUUCCACAAACCCUCACAGGAGUCUGCUGUGAUCCACCCUACAACCCCUAACCACCUCAGCUACAAGGGCAACACCACGCCAAAGAAUGAGAAAUACACACCCAUGGAAUUCAAGACACUAAACAAGAACAACCUACUGCCAGAUGAAAGAACCAACUUCUUCCCUCCACAAAUCCAGCAGACGAAUGUCUACACCACCACCUAUUACCCCACACCACUCGGAAAAUUUGACUAUCGGCCAGACUCCUCCCCCUCUCCGUGCAGAACCUACAACCCCAGCUGAGACAUGUGUCCCACCCCUUAACUAUAUUGCCAUGGUGAUGGGGAAUGCUGACAGUGCGGAGCUUUUUCGUAAACUCUUACCAUAUGCUCCAUCCAUGCGUUCUUGGCACCCGAUGAGCAUAGGUGCUCUUCUGAAUCAUUUCGCAUGACUCCUCACGCUCCCACCAUGGAGGAUCUGAGCAUGUCAUAUAAAUCACAGCUAAUUGUGUUUCAGAUGGUAUUCCUUCCUUGGGAAUGUGUACAAUUGUGUAGCUACACUGAUGUCAAUUAUUUAAAUCUCGAGCUCUGUGAAACUCGAGAUAUCUUUAAUCGUUAACUGAACAGGAUUUCAGGCUAAAUGAAAGAGGACCUCUAUUUAAACUGACUCCAGAGCUUCAAAUCUAAAAAAACCUUUUACGUGAAUUCCAAAAUGCGCAGGAUCAACACUUCACAGUUGCAAAUACUGCACCAAUACAAGGAUUAAAAAGAAAGCUGUUUAAAGAAAGGAAUGAACAGAACCUGUUAGGUCUGUGUAGCAAGGUUACAACCUACAACUGAAGAAGUAAUGCACGGUUUAUCAGGCAUGUUGCGCUGGUAUUAUUACAUGGACAACACUGAACCUAACCAUGUCAGGAUCAGUAUGACAACAUCUGCAACCCAGCUAUGAACAAAUGCAGAGGAUGGAGUCCAAUGUGCCGCUGUUCAGCAGAGUUUGGAGAAGAAGCAAUAGGACUGCAACUGGUGCCGCUGGGUUUUAAGACCACAAUAACCCUCCAGUCUCGGCCGUGUCGGACCUUGGAUCUUAUAUAAACACAUACUUCUGAAUUCUGAAUACUUGGUUUGCCUUGACGGUUGUAUCAAAUACGACAAGCUUGGGCAAUACAGUACAUAUAUUUUUUGUUUUAAUAUGAAACAUUAUAGAAAAAACUGAUAGCUUGGCACUUUUUUUUAAAUAUUAUUUUAAAGAAGGAAUUAUUUGACAGUUGUUUGGAAAUGAAGUAGGAUAGAUGGAUAUUAGGGUUUAUUUAAAGAAUUCACACUGAUGGGAUAUACUGAUUUUGGUCAUUUUCUUCUAUUUAGAUGUAUUAUUUUGUAUUCUUUAGAGAAUUAACUAUCAUUAUCAUUACUUUUUAAAUAUGGCAUUAAUUUAUACAGAAUUAAUUGUAAAGAAUUUGACAUUAAUUUUUACUAUCAAAUAUUCAUCAUUUGUUCUUCAAGCUCUAACAGCAGUGAUUUAAAUAUUUGCUCAUUUAAUCACAUCUAUCAAAUAUCACAUUAUAACUGUGCACACAUCCAGUAAGCGUCUUAAAAGGAAUGGCAAGCUCAAUUUUGUACAGUGUCAAAGGAGAUAAUGAGACAGGAAUGCACAUCCUUUCAUUUUUAAUAUCUCAUUCAUUAUAUCCGGUAUCUGAUGCACUCUUCAGUUUUACAUGAACAAGUGACAAUAAAAUGGGAAAGGAGCCCUGAGAAACUUGUCUGGGUACAAUAUUAUAUAAAAUAAGCUCGGUUUGUAAAAGGGGCAUUUAAGAACAAAGCUAUUUUUAUUAUGCUCGUCAACGGAAAGCUGUCAGUGGUGACCUUUAGUUAAUCUAAGCACGAGUGCUCGAUUUGUACAUAGGCAAUGCCCCACUAUGACACGUACAAAGUUAGUGUAAUGUACAUGUAUAUUGUAAAGCUAACACUUUUUUUACAAGCCUUAUAGUUGUAAAAUAGUAUGUGAAGCAUCUGUGUAUAUAUCCAACUACAGGCACGGUGUGGGGAUGGAGCUUGUCAAUGAGUCUAGUGCUCCUGCUCUGUGCCAGUCAACCAGAACUCCUCCAAGUCUUUGUAAAAUCCAAUUUAAAACUUCAUUCACAUCUAUUACGUGACAGUGCUGUUUAAUUCAGGCUAUAAACUACUGGUUUUGGGAGUUUCCAACAUUAUUGCUCACAAAUUUUAAUGUUACAGCUUUAAACUUACCUCCCAACUGUGGUGUUGCAUCCAAUCCGACUGCAAAAUAUCUCAUUAAUGAGAAUGCACUGCUACUGUGCGGAGAUUUAAACUGUUAUUCUGCUAUACUGAUGUCAUGAGUCAUAUUACCAAAUGGCUCUAUAAAAAUCAAGUGUUAAUUUGCAGCUGUAUAACAAGGCCUGGAGUGUGCUGUGAUUUCAAUUUGCCACCUACACUAUGAGGCUCAGCAGUGUUUCACAUUCACUAAGACAUGGUGUGACUAUUUCUGUUUAACAAGAACAAAUUAUUGGUCUCAAUAAAAUGUAUUUUAUAUAUAGGAAUCACAUCCAGGGGGUCACGGUGGCUUAGUGGUUAGCACGUUCGUCUCACACCUCCAGGGUUGGGGGUUCGAUUCCUGCCUCCACCUUGUGUGUGUGGAGUUUGCAUGUUCUCCCCGUGCCUCGGGGGUUUCCUCCGGGUACUCCGGUUUCCUCCCCCGGUCCAAAGACAUGCAUGGAAGGUUGAUUGGCAUCUCUGGAAAAUUGUCCAUAGUGUGUGAGUGUGUGAGUGAAUGAGUGUGUGUGUGUGCCCUGUGAUGGGUUGGCACUCCGUCCAGGGUGUAUCCUGCCUUGAUGCUCGAUGACGCCUGAGAUAGGCACAGGCUCCCCGUGACCCGAGAUAGUUCGGAUAAGCGGUAGAAGAUGAAUGAAUGAAUGAAUCACAUCCAUUAUCUAAUUUGAAAUUCUAUUAUUAAUUCUAAAGAUGUGGACUUAUUAUUCCCACUCUAACCUUUAACAGGCAAGGAGCAAAGAUGACAAAAUAAGACGUUCCAUCCCCACAAGGCUUGGUGCCGUUCUAUGCAACUGACCCAUUGGUACUGUUAGAUAUGUGAUGUAGACUGUAAUCACUGCCUUUUAGACACUGUGAAUUUUUUGGUACUCUAUAUUUUUGUAUAUUGUACAUUGUAAAUGAUAAUAAACCAUGAUGAUGACUCAAA